AUGGGCCACGGCCAGCACUGGCCACGCUGUCACCUGCGUCGCCACGGCAACGUUUGUGACACGGCCACCCGGGAGGGGCGGAACAGGACGAGCGAGGCCGGCCCCGCAGCGAGGCGUGCCUCCAGAGCGACAGACACCAACACCGAAGAGCGAGUUGCCGUCUGGGAUGCGGUGGCCGCCUACGUACAGGAGCACCUCCUGGUGCAGAAGGGGGUCUGGAUUCCCACCUUCGGCUCAUUCGACACCAUCUCUAAAGACAUCAGGACUGCGGACGGGACCGUGACUCUGCGGUGGCCUGUGUUUCAGCUGGCCAGGAACCUCAGAGCCAUGCACCACCUCGGGUCCGACAAGGACUCCCUGCCAGCCCACAGGGAGGUGGAGACCCUGAAAUACAGCGAGGUGGCUGCCGCUGCCUCUGUGACCUGGCAGAGAGGGAAGACCUGCAUCCAAAGCACCGUGUCCCUCCUCUCCAACUGCCUCAAGAAUGGGGAGAACGUUGCCUUUGUCCUGAAGGACGUAGGAGUGCUCCUCUUUGAAGGCAUGAGCUUUGGAAUUAAAUACUACUUACGACUUCCUUGA